AUAUAUGAAAUGCAGGGUCCGGGGGAGAGCAGAUAUAGUGAAUUGCAGGGUCCGGGUGAGAGCGAAUAUAGUGAAUGCAGGGUCCGGGGAGGGACCACAAGAUAUAGUGAAUGCAGGAUCCGGGGAGACCGGAUAUAGUGAAUGGCCGGGUCCGGGGAGGACCAGAUAUAGUGAAUGCAGGGUCCGGGGCGCGACUGGAUAUAGUGAAUGCAGGGUCCAGGGAGACUGGAUAUAGUGAAUGCAGGGUCCGGGGAGAGACCAGGUAUAGUGAAUGCAGGGUCCGGGGACAGCGGAUAUAGUGAAUGCAGGGUUCGGGGAGAGCGAAUAUAGUGAAUGCAGGGUCCGGGGGAGACCGGAUAUAGUGAAUGCAGGGUCUGGGGAGACCAGAUAUAGUGAAUGCAGGGUCCGGGUAGACCAUGAUAUAGUGAAUGCAGGGUUACGGAGGAGACCAGAUACAGUGAAUGCAGGGUCCAGGGAGACCAGAUAUAGUGAAUGCAGGGUCCGGGGAGACCAGAUACAGUGAAUGCAGGGUCCGGGGAGACCAGAUAUAGUGAAU